CUGGUGGGUGAAAUGCUGUCGUCUUCUGUCAUGACCCCACUGAGCCGACUCAGCUACCUGGUGUUUCUGCUGCAUCCGGUGCCCAUCUACGUACACGUGGCCUCCGUGCGAGAGUCCUUUCAGCUGGACCACUACUACAUGUGCACGCUGUAUUUUGGCAUCUUGGUGACAUCUAUCCUAAUGGCGUACGUGGCUUACCUGACGGUUGAGGCCCCCUUCGCUGCUCUGGAGAGACUUAUGCGGUCGCCGCCGAAGGCGGCCUCUAGCCGCGUGCAGACGCCUAUGACCACACUCACUAUGGAGCCGCCGCAGCAGCAGCAGCAGCAGCAACAGCAGCAGCAACACAAGGCGGCUGAAGGUUGGAGGUCACCACCGCGAAGUGCUCCAGCUGCCACAUCUGCAGCACUGAACGGCGGAAACUCGACAGUGACGCUGGCCAUCGCGAAGACACCCGAAUCUAGCCAUCUUUGAGGCUGUUUUCUGAGGCCUUACCCGACGUGGGAGGAUGUUACCGCUUUCUCGUUAACAAGGCUGUUGUUUAGGAGGGUCGAGGAAACGUGGCAAUUUGAAGUCAGCGAGUGUGUUCUGAAUAGGAAAAAGUUAAUGCAGUCAAAGUGAUGAGCUGGAAUAAUUUUAACACCUACUACCCUUACAUCCCAUAUGGGUAGUUGUCGCACAUCGUGAGACGCAAGGUUUCGCGCUCUUGUCGAUGUUUAAAAAAGGAAGUGAUGGGGAUGAAGGCCAAAUAUAUUGGUCGGUAGGACACGCGGGCGUCAAGCGAGUGCCACGGAGUAUUUUAAUGCUAUCCCGUGAUCCUACGUGCAGUAUUUUUUUUUUUUUUUUGGUAGCAAAGGUCUGCCCCUCCUCUCGUUUAGCCACUGACACCUGGGUCCUUGCGUAAAAGCCAAUGAAAGGAUCGGGUGAUAGAGUUGAUAUAAGUGAACGGCGUAAUCCAAAAACAUAAAUCACACGUACAAGCAAGUAUUCAGUCCAGAAACCUCACCUUAUUGCUCAACGUAAUACAACCAGCCUUCAAGCAAUAUCAAUGGUAUUGAACGCGUGUUAGUCUCUUUCCUGUAGAAUACAGUCGCAUCAUCUGUAGAAGGACAUUACAAAAGUACCACUGUUGAUAGGCUUUGGUGUCGUAUUGGCAAUGAAACAAUUUUCGGUGCCAAGCGGUGGACAUGUAGUUUGUGGUAGCAUCUGUUAAGCCUCCCAUGGCGAGCUGUCUUUCACGUUGUCUCAGUGACAUGAACAUUCCUUUGUAUCGUCAUGAAAUCGUUUUUAAGAGGAACGUCACUUGCAAAUGAUUACGUGUCGCAUAAAAAUUUGUUUCCACCAGACCAAUCGCAAAUGGUUCGUAAGGGGGACGGUGGGACGCGGAACACGUCAUAACUGUACGUCACCCGUAUAGGAACACGUCGUAUAGGUAGAUAGCCGCCGCUGAAUUGCCAGAAAAAGAACUUGCGGGCUUCACAAGAAAAUCACUUGUCGAACGUCGUUUCUCAGUACUAACGUAACUGGAGCUAAGAUGGCAGUGUCGUGCUUCUGGAUCAGAUACGUUAACGGCAUCAUUUUCGGCGUAUGCGGGCACUAAUCGAUUAAUGCGCGUGUAGUUUAUUACGUUGCAACCAUAGCUGUGGGGACGGCCUCAUCAACAGAACGACGCCGCAUUUUGUUUUCAGCAAGGAGCAUAAUAAUAAGAUUUAGUCUACAGUCGCUUUACCUGGUAGGAAUGCUUGAGGUUAUAAAGUCCGUCUUGGAGAUCAGUUCAACCUGAAUGUGUGCCUCGAAUGCAUACUUGCAUGACGUGCUCAUCGAGUUAAGCAAAAAAAAAAGUUAUGGGCUUGAACGACAAAACGCCAACAGGUUCUUCCUGUUAUUGUGCGUGACUGCCAACCUUUAUGUCAAAGAACUAAAAUCUUAGAGUUUCGUAUGCGGGAUGAA